CACAAGCGCAACCCGACGGAAGCAGUCAACUGCCACCUGCAGUUUUAACAUUUGUUCGAAUUGAGACCAGCAAUUGCCUAGACAAUCAAUCUCAAACGUUAAUCUGUCUAAAGAUUAGAAAACGUAGGAAUCAACUCAGCAGGUAAUUGGCUCAAUAUAAACAUAUUCCUUUCCGCCCAGUUUACUGGUUGGAUUCUCAACGGCUUAAGAACCUCUCAUCAAAUGGAUUAAAAAAGCACAGAGUUCAUGUAAAUUAGUUAGGACGAGAGAUGUACCUUUUACUCAGUUAGGAUAAAACUCCUAACCUUAAGUAGGGCUAACAACCAUGUGAUCAAGCGUAUGAUUUCGUAGACUGUCGUUCAGGAAUGAAGGUUUGAUAAGCUGGGGCUCGUUGGUUUCCGUCAUGUUACGCUGGUGUGGACAGAACCCACUCUCUAAAGUUCCAGUGCCUCCUGCAAAUUGAGAAGUACCCGAUGUAACAAGAAUCCAAUGGAUGCCAGACUAGACAGGGGUCGCGUUUGCAAGUGAUGGUACAAUAGAUUCCUCCGCAUACUCAAACUCUUUCUGGAUCACUAAAGCAGAGGAAGGACCGCAGGGAAGGCGGGGAAGCUCGGUUGCAAGCACAAUACAGGCUGAUCAAGGCUGUCUGAGUCAAUAUCAUGAAAAAUGUCAAAUGAAGGGAGUAUCAGCUCUUGUCACCCGGAUGAAGAAUCUAAACAACACAGCGACGCAUACCUUUGCUGCGGAUAUUUCAACCAAAAAUAUGUCGUUUCAAAGAUGUUUUAUUUCUUUUAUUUUGCUGCACUUGGCGCUAUACUCCCGUUUUUGCCCUUGUUCUAUAAACAGUUAGGUCUACCGGCCAAAAAGGCCGGAAUCAUCUCCGGUAUUCAACCAUUUAUAUCAUUCGCAUUUACCCCCAUGUGGGGCGCAUUAUCGGACAAGACUAAGAAAGGCAAACUGGUAUUCGUAAUUUCGUUCACUGCUCUAGUGGCUGUUGGAAUAGCUUUUCUACUGACUCCAAUGCCAACAUGCAAAGACAAACCUACAGGAGACAUUCAUCGCGAAUUAAUAUCAGUGAAAAAUCAGUCUGUUUUUAAAAAGAUGUAUCAGGUAAUAGCAGAAUCACAGAAUUUUAACAGAUGGCCAGUUGGAGGGGAAGAACUCAAUGAUUUCCUCGCACUCAGUGACAAGCAAGGUGGCCGUCACCAGAACAAAUUCGACGUAUUUUUAUACCUGUUGUUAGUCAGUUUAGUUGGUACGAUAUUCUCGUGUCCAGGCCUUGCUCUUGGUGAUGCAGCUGCUGUAUGCCUCUUGCGGAGAAAGAACGAUAUACAUCAGUAUGGAAAGCAGAAAAGAUGGGCCUCAAUAGGGUGGGGUUUGGCGGCGUUUACUUUCGGUGCGAUGGUUAGCGACAAAUAUUUGUGUCCGUUGGUACCUGGGCAAAAAAGAACUAUUGACUAUAGUCUAUGUUUUUAUGGCUCCAUUUCAUUGAAACUUUUAGCUCUUUUCUCGGGGCUUCGGCUUGAUUUCGAUUUAAACGGUAAAGACAAUACCGAUGACAUGGUAAGGGAAAGGCGCAGUGGUGUUAUGGCAGCGUUAGAAGCAGUGAGUCGUCCUCGUUAUUUGGCAUUUUUUGUGAUAGUUCUUUACAGUGGAAUGACAUUUGGCAUGAUUAUGGGGUUCCUAUUUUGGCAUUUGGAGGACUGUUAUUCCCCACAGAUAAUGUUUAGCAUAAUACCAGUGGUACGAUGUAUUGCAGACGUCAUAGUAUAUUCUGUGUCCCCUCACGUUAUAAUUAAAAUAGGGGUGCAUAAUUUGCUGUACCUUGUGUUAGCGUGUUAUGUGGUGCGAUUGACAAGUUACGUAUUCGUUACCAAUCCGUGGUGUUACCUUUUCAUUGAGGUUUUGUCAGGAUUAACAUCUGCAGGAGGCUGGGCAGGAUUUGUGACGUAUAUUGCAUAUAACUCUGUGGAAGGAGCCCCUGCCACUUUACAAGGUAUGCUUCAUGGCGUGUAUCAUGGGGUAGGUCAUGGACUAGGGCGAGUUAUAGGAGGUUUCCUCUUCAGUACCUAUGGAGCUCAAGUAACAUUCUCUAUAUUUGGCGGUCUCGGGUUAAUUAUGCUGUUAAUGUUUGCGUCAGUAAACAAAAUAUUCGAAGAUAAACCAAAAAGUCAAAAUUAGUUUAAAACAUCAUGCUAC